CCACCCGACCCCGAACGAAGCGGUGCUACCCAAGCCUCGGGGCAACUGCGUCGCUUCCAUGCCUCUGCAGCCCAUUUCAAGGAGCGAGCACUAUCAACAGCUCGUGGCAACCGAGAGUUUUCGUGGUGACAAGCAUAUUCCUCGACGCCGAGCCAUGCAAGACAAGGAGCUGCGUGACGUGCGGAAGCUUCAGCAUAUUUUGGACAAGAACAGCCAUCGGCGAAACGCGGGUGUGGCGACCUCGAUUGCACAUGUACACGCGCCCGAGAAGGUGGGGCCCAUCGAGCCCGUGCGCGAGGAUCAACGCGGGGUUCGGCCAGUCAAGAAGAUUUUUCAGAAAGCGAUGCACAAAAUCAUGGGCCGACCAGAGCACCAUCAUGUGGCGCACCACCCCCACAGCCUUCACUUGGAUCCGCACAAGUGGUUUGAAGCACUUCGAGAGAGCGUCGAGGCGUCCAUCCCAGCGACAUCUAUUCCGCCCGCGCUGGCGCACUCCAAAUUCGAGCCCAUGACGUACGGCGCCACAAUCUUCUUAAUGUCGAUGGCGACACGCACCUGCCUUUUGCUCGAAGACGCCCACGGCAAGAGCGUGCGCAACUCAAGAGCGCACAACGACCCGCGACCCGGUUCUUGUUUCCGACUCGUGGACUUUACAAACCCGACGCGGACGGGGCCAAUCCGCGACGGCGAUGCCAUUUGGCUGCAGCUCGUGGGGUCGCAAAAGCCGCUGCAUCCGCCCACCAGUGACGUGCUCCAUGACUAUGUCAACGAGCGUCAGUUCUACUUGGCGCGACCUACUGCCCCCGAGCUCGACUACUCGGGGCCGACGCCCACGGUAUGUUGGCAUGGUGUUGCUCCUCAAGUGUAA